GCAUUGAAACGAUGGAAGUCUACACAGCACUCUGUUUGGUGACUCUACUAGUUGCCCUCCUUUCAAAAGGGUCUCACUCUCAGUUGGAUGUGUGUGGAAUCUCUCCUCUCAACACUAGGAUCGUGGGGGGUCAGGAUGCUCCUACAGGGAAUUGGCCAUGGCAGGUCAGUCUGCAGAUAUCUGGCAGACAUUUUUGUGGGGGAUCCCUUAUCAACAAAGAGUGGGUGCUGACUGCUGCUCACUGCUUUCCCAGCACCAGUACAUCAAAUGUGGUGGUCUCCUUGGGUCGUCAGAGCCAGCAGGGCUCCAACCCCAACGAGGUGAGCCAGACGGUCGCUCAGAUCAUCCGCCACCCCAACUACCUCAGUAGUACCAGUGACAACGACAUGUGUCUGCUGAAGCUCUCCUCCCCCGUGACUUUUACCAACUACAUCCAGCCAGUCUGCCUGGCAGCACCAGGUAGCUCCUUCUAUGCUGGCACUACUAGCUGGGUCACCGGCUGGGGAACCACCAGCAGUGGAGGAUCUCUACCACAGACCCUACAGGAGGUGAAUGUGCCAGUAGUGGGAAACAGGCAGUGUAACUGUAACUAUGGAGUUGGCUCCAUCACUGACAACAUGAUCUGUGCUGGUUUAUCAGCAGGAGGAAAGGAUUCCUGUCAGGGGGACUCAGGAGGUCCGAUGGUGAGCAAACAGGGUACUCGCUGGAUCCAGUCUGGCGUUGUGAGCUUUGGCCAUGGCUGUGCUCUGGCAAAUUUCCCAGGGGUGUACGCCAGAGUUUCCCUGUUCCAGACCUGGAUCAACAGCCAGAUCACCAGUAACCAGCCAGGCUUCGUCACCUUCUCCUCCAAUGGGACUGACUCUGACCUCAGUGUCACCUGCGCUGGUCUGCCAUCAGUCAGAACCACCACCACCCCUACUACCACACCUGCACCUGUGGUGUGUGGCAGCGCCAGCGCCUCUUUGAACUCCCGUAUUGGUGGGGGAAGCUCGUUGGCGACAGCAGGCACCUGGCCCUGGAUAGCCAGCCUACGGAAGAACGGAGCACACGUCUGCGGGGGCACGUUAGUGGCGGUGGACUCUGUCAUGAGCGACGCUAGCUGCUUCUCCAGCCAGCCCAACGUCUCUCAGUGGACCGUGAUCCUGGGCCGUCUGAAGCAAAACGGCUCCAACCCUAACGAGGUAACCCUGAAUGUCCUCAACAUCACCAUGAGCAACCUGACGGGCAACAACGUGGCCAUCCUCCUACUGGCCAGCAAACCCAAGUUGUCUAACUAUAUCCAGCCUAUCUGUGUGGCAGGAAUCAGCACCUUCAGCACAGGGACUAAGUGCUGGGUGGCUGGCUGGGGCACGGGCCAGGGUGGGGCUGAGCAAGUCCUGCAGGAGUUCCAGACCUCUGUGGUGGACUGCGUGAAUGUUUCAUCUUCGGACAACAUUUGCACCGGAACUGUGACACUACUGCAGGGUGAUGUUGGUGGUCCUCUGAUGUGUAAGCAGGGCAACUCGUGGUUUCAGACUGCUGUGUUGACUGUCGACAGCAGCAGCAGCAGCAACACCACUAGCAGCAACACCACUAGCAGCAACACCACUAGCACUAACAGCACUAGCAAAGCACUAUCGAGCCAGAGUCCCCGCAUCUCCACCAUCCAAGUCUUCACCAAAACCUCUCACUUUAAGAACUUCCUGGCUGACAAACUGGGACCCUUUCUAUCCCCCACCACCGCCACAAACACCACAACCACUGCUACCAUCGCUAUCACGACCCCCUCAGUUGGUGGCAGCAGUGGAGCUUCCCCAGCCCACUCCUCCUUCUCUCUCUUCCUCGUCCUCCUCUUCUCUCUCUCCUCUGUCCUCCUGUUGGGUUGGAAUUGACACUAAGCAACUCCAUGGCAACCAAGCCCUUUAUGUAACUUUCCACCAAUCAAAAGUCUAUUUUUCUAGCAAUUCAUCAAUUUCUGUCAGUGACUGGCAGUGUCUGUCAAAGCCAAGAUUGCAAUGUUGAACUCAGGGAGCCUUCAUCUCCAAUCACUUGAAUUAUGAAUGUUUACAACUUCCCCUUUGGCUUUGACAUAGUAAAGAAAAACAAUCAAUAAUAUAUAUUUUUGCUGUCACAAUAUUUGUUGUGAUGCUAUGAUUCAAUAUGCUUGAUUUUCUGUUCAAAGCUAUCUGGGCAUGUGUUACAUAUUAAUAUCCAGAUAAAUAUGACCGUAGUAGCACACUCGACUUUCCCCAAAGAUUAUAGUAGAGUCUAUACUGGAGUAUCUGUGACCCAAAAUGGCACUUUAAGUAGCCUACAUGCACUGAACUAUUAGAUAGUCAUACUGCACUUUACUGGACAUGUGCCAUGGAUUAUUAUAUACUUAACACACCACAACGUUAUGAUGAUGGUUUAACAGACUUGAAUCCAAAAUGCUGCCUGUCGAAGGUAUAUUUUGUAUGAGAUUUUGUAUUUCAUCAUGUUUCUAACUAAGCUUUGAAUAUGACUGUGUGUUUUAACAACUAUCUCUAUGUAAGCAGGGUAAUCCUUGAUGUUGUGUGAAGCACAGACUUUAUUUUGUGUACAAAAAUAAAAUAUGACACGUUUUUUAUUUUCAUGUUCUGAAAGCAUUUGCUAAGAUCUUUUGCUUUACUUGAAGAACCUUGUCUCUCCACCAUCUUAAAGUGCUCUAUGCAGGAAGUAGUCCUAUACUGUAUGUCAGUGAUGAAUUAAUACAAUUUCAAGACAAAAAAUACAUUGACAAAAAUGUUUCUGUAAUAUUCAGUCAAUAAAUGUAUGGUUGCCA